AUGUCUUCUGUUCCCAGAGGCACGUCGCCGGGCCUUGAGUCCGGUGCCAGGUCCAUCUCUGGUUCUGUCCCUCGAGCCGAUGCCACUGCUCGUCUGGCCACCCCGAUCCCGUCCGUCUCCCAAGGUUGCACACCGCCGACCAGUGCCAGCGCCACCGCUCGCCGAGCCUCCAGCGCGACCCAGCAGCAGCCCACAGAUCCCACAGUUCCCCUCGCCGGACCCAGUGGUAGCUACCGUGGGCCUGGUGUCUCUGCCCUCGCCGCCGCCUUGGGAAACUCGCUGGGCCAGUCUCCUCCCCGCCAUGGCACACCCUCGCAGCCCAUCGCCGACCCUGCCCCACCGCAUCGAAACCUCUCGCCCAAGCCCAGCGCCAGCAUGCUGGGUGACCGGCUGACGCCUACAAACUACGGAUCGUUCAACUCGCGUACCCAGUCCGUCGGAGGCAAUAACGCUCCUUUCGAGGACGUCGAGGUCGUCAAGAGGCACCUGGUGCAGCCUGGAGAGUCGGAGAACCCCACUACGUCGGAGGAGUCGUCGUCCAUCUUCGGCGGCCAGUCCAAGGGCAAGCAGCAGGAUACCGCCACCUCGGGCGGGACUGGUGCCGGUCCCGGAGAGAAUGAUUUUUCCAGUCUGCGUCUCCAGGGUGGCGAUGUCACCCGUCCCAUCUACAGGUGGACUGAGCAGGAGGAGGCCAAGACCCGUAUGCAGCGCAGCAAGAGCUUCACUGAGCUGCGCCCGGAGCCUGAGAACGAGGUGCUCGACAUCAACUCCAUCAAGAUCCCUGGUGGCUUCCGUAGGGAUCAUCUCCGCAGAUUGGCCGGCAGCCCAUCAGGUGCCGGGAGGGGUACACUGCACGACCAGGACGCCGAGGCUCAGCAGCCGCAGCUCUUCACAUCGAGCUUCCUCGAGUUCCUCAGUAUCUAUGGCCACUUUGCCGGCGAGGAGCUGGAGGAGGACGACGAGGCUCUCGGCCCGAACGAGUACUUUUCAUCGGGCGAAGACUCGCACAGCGAUGCGGACGACAGCGAUCACGAGCCCAUGGAGGACAGCACGCUCCUGCCGCCCUCGAAGCGCCGUCGCCGUCGCAAGGCUCGCGUCCGUGGCACCAACAGCCCUACUAAUGCCGUCAUGCUGCUGCUCAAGUCGUUUGUCGGUACGGGCGUGCUGUUCUUGCCGCGCGCCUACCUCAACGGCGGCAUGGUCUUCAGCAACGUAGUGCUUCUGGGAGUGGCGGCACUGAGCUACCACUGCUUUGUGCUGCUGGUCGACACGCGGAUGCGCGUCGAGGGCUCGUUUGGCGACAUGGGUGGCAUCCUGUACGGAAAGUGGAUGAGGACGGUGAUCCUGUCGUCGAUUGUGCUGAGCCAGAUUGGUUUCGUGGCUGCCUAUACCGUCUUCACGGCUGAGAACCUGCAGGCCUUCAUCCGGGCCGUGUCCGAUUGCAAGUCGUCGAUGAGCAUUGUGUGGCUGAUCGUCAUCCAGAUGAUCAUCUUCCUGCCCUUCUCCCUGCUGCGCGACAUUGGCAAGCUGGGUUUCACGGCCCUCAUAGCCGACGCCUUUAUCCUCAUUGGCCUAGCGUACCUGCUGUACUAUGACAUCCUGACGCUGAGAAACGAGGGUCUGAGCGACAUCAUCCUCUUCAACAAGGAUAACUGGACACUCUUCAUCGGCACGGCAAUCUUCACCUUUGAGGGAAUCGGUCUCGUCGUCCCCAUCCAGGAGUCUAUGCGUCACCCGGAAAAGUUCCCUGGCGUGCUCCUGCUGGUCAUGGUCAUCAUCACGGUCCUCUUCACGGGCAUGGGCGCCGUCUCGUACGCCGCCUACGGCUCCCAGACGGAGACGGUCGUGCUGCUCAACCUGCCCCAGGACGACAAGCUUGUCAAUGGAGUCCAAUUCCUCUACUCGUGCGCCAUCCUCCUCUCUACGCCCCUGCAGAUCUUCCCGGCCAUCCGUAUCGUCGAGACAGAGCUCUUCACCCGCUCGGGCAAGUACAACCCCUACAUCAAGUGGCAGAAGAACAUUUUCCGCUUCUUCGUCGUGGUUCUCUGCUCGGCCAUUGCGUGGGGUGGAGCAGACCAUCUCGACAAGUUUGUGGCCUUGGUCGGAAACUUUGCCUGUAUUCCUCUGGUGUACAUCUAUCCGCCCCUCCUCCACUACCGAGGCGUGGCACGCACCAGGUUCUGGAAGCUGUCCGACAUCAUCCUUUGCAUCUUUGGCUUCGUGGCCAUGUCCUACACGACUGCUCUGACGAUCAUGAGCUGGGCCGCUGAGGAUCCCAAGGGUCCUGGGUACUGCGACAGGAAGGGCACGGACAUGGGUAUGGGACUGUAG